UCGCAGGAAUACCUCUAGAAGAAACGCGGAAUUCGACUCUAAAAGAAACAGAGCCUCUGUCUCUGAUUGUUCAUCCGCCUAUUUGCGAUAGGUGGGGGGAUUACCCUGCACCGACAAACUCCUUUUGCAGAGACAUGACCACUGUUGCUUAUGUAUGCGAUUCUCGAGACAACCCUUAUCAUAUUGUUGAAGUACCAUGUCGACCAGGCAAAUCUUGUAUUGAAUUUGUUUUCCCUGGUAGGCCGACUCAAUUCGCAGCGUGCAUUAACAAUGAAGACAGCCGGAGGUGGGAUAAUCGCGGUAAUAGUCACUUAGCCUGCGAAAACGAUGGUUAUAGUUAUGGACAGGAUACAGAUGUAAUGUGGAUUGGAAUGACAACAUAUAAUGACAUCUAUCCAAUGGACGUAAAUGUGUUGUCUGGGUCUAUUGGUGCGGACAGUCUUGGUAUAGCCUUUAACCAAAAUCAUUUCGGUGCAAUAUACAAGAAUUAUCGGGGAGGUCAAAAGAUCAAAAUGUGUUUCGAUUCAGGCUCUCUGUUCAUAACUGCUUUAACUGUGGCUUUGGUUCCUAGAUCCGGCAGUAACAACGAAUUCACAGUAGUCAGCUUAAAUAAAUCCCUUAAUUCUUGA